AUGGCCACAAGUCUUUCUCCUUCUCCCUCAAGAACACUCUCCGAGAACAAGUUCAAGGGGAAGGUCUGUGAAGCGGACCGAGAGAAGCUCAAGAAGGCUAUUAACGAGACCAUCGAAUUCUUAGAUGCUACACAAUCCAGUGCCAGUGAAGAAUACUCCGAUAAGCAGAAGGAGCUUGAGAGUUUUUCCAACCCUAUCUUGAUGAAGUUUUACGGAGUCUCUGGAGGUUUCCCUGUCGCAGGUGAGGGUGCUGCCCAUUGCGGCGGCAAGUGCCCUACCGUGGUGGAGGUUGACUAA